AUGUGGGAUCAGGUGAACUGCUGCCCAGGAGUAAAAUCAUCAAGCAAGAGAGGUCUACUCUUGUAUGUUGUGUUAGUGCACCUUCCCUGGGUGGUGUGUGAUCUUCAAUGCACCAUCCUUGACCCUCUCCCAAUACUGCACAAGUAUCACCAGUCAGGGGGUUUCAUCAUAGGGGGCAUUAUUUCUCAGAUCUACAUCUCUUCUGAGCAGUUAACGUUCCAGACUCAUCCUUCCCAGGCAGAAGUUGGUGAACGCUUCUAUUUCAGUGCAAGCAGGACCUACCAGGCAUCCAUGGAACUCCUUUCCACACAGGGUAGAUUCAUCCCCAACUACAGGUAUACCACUCAGAGCCAUCCAGCAGCUGUCAUUGGAGGACCUAGUGCCCAUAUUUGUCAACACAUGGCAACCACUCUGAGCACCUACAAGAUUCCACAGCUCACCUAUGGUUCUCCUUCUGUGAUGAAUAACAACAACCAGGCUGCGUUCUUCCAAUGGAUGUUCCCAAACAGUGACAGCCAGUACAAUGGGAUUCUGGAGUUACUGCUACAUUUCAGGUGGACGUGGAUAGGAGUGAUUUAUCUAUAUGUUCAGAGUGCAGAGGUAUUUGUAGAUAGCACACUUCCCGUCUUUUCCCGGAAAGGUAUCUGCUUUGCCUUCAUAGAAAGAUUCCCCAAAAUAGAACCGUCCAAUAACAUUGCUGAAGUGAUAGAGAAGGGAAUGGGUUUAUACAACAUUGUUGUGAGAAGUACUGCCAACGUGCUGGUUAUCCACGGUGAAAUUCAGAGCAUGAUGAUUUUGAGAAUGAUGAUGCACUGGGCAAACUAUGAGAACAGACCAGCAAUGGAAAAAAUCUGGAUUAUGACAGCCCAGAUGGAAUUCACUUCACUUUCCUUUCACAGAGAUUGGGACUUAGACUUCAUCCAUGGUGCUAUAUCCUUUGCCAUUCACUCGGAGGAAGUGCUGGGAUUCCCGGAAUUUCUUCAGAGGAAAAACCCUCAAGUGGAAAAAGAAGAUGGCUUUAUUAAGGACUUUUGGAAAGAUACAUUUAAAUGUCGGUUCCCUGACUCGGAGCCAGAUGGUGAGGCUACAACCAUUUGCACUGGGGAAGAGGAACUGGAAAGUCUUCCUGGGUCUGUUUUUGAAAUGAGCAUGACUAGACACAGCUACAGUGUUUACAAUGCAGUCUAUGCUGUAGCCCAAGCUGUGCAUGCCAUGCGUUCAUCCAAAUUCCAACACAAAGACCUGAUGGGUGGAGGGACCUGGAAGCUGAAUCAACCACCGUGGCAGCUGCAUUAUUUUCUGAAAAGCAUCUCAUUUAACAAUACUGCCGGCGAAGAGGUUUCCUUUGACCAAAAUGGGGAAUUGGCAGCUGGAUUCGAUAUUAUCAACUGGGUCACCUUUCCAAACCAGUCCUUCCGGAGAGUCAGAGUUGGAAGGAUAGACCCAAAGGCUCCUCCUGAUAGAAUAUUUACACUUCAUGAUGAUAGCAUUGUGUGGCCGAGUAGAUUUAAUCAGUCCCAACCCCUUUCUAUGUGUAACAGCAUUUGCCAACCUGGUUACAGCAGAAUGAAGAAAGAAGGGAAGCCGUUUUGCUGCUAUGCUUGCUUUCGAUGUCCGGAAGGCAAGAUUUCUAACCAGGAAGACAUGGAUGACUGUUUUUCAUGUCCUUCAGAUCAUUAUCCCAGCAAUGACCACAAUCGAUGCAUUCCCAAAGGCGUAAGCUUCUUAUCUUAUGAAGACACACUGGGAGCCGGUCUGGCGACGUCUGCCAUUUCUCUGUCGCUCAUCACAGCUUGGGUCCUGGGGAUAUUCGUGAAAUACCAGGACACUCCCAUUGUCAAAGCCAACAACCGCAGCCUCACCUACACUCUUCUCCUCUCCCUCCUGCUAUCUUUCCUUUGUGCUUUACUAUUCAUUGGCCGACCUGAGAAGGUCACGUGCCUCCUUCGGCAAACAGCUUUCGGCCUCGUCUUCUCUCUGGCCGUGUCUUGUGUCUUGGCCAAAACCACCAUGGUGGUUCUAGCAUUCGUGGCCACCAAACCGGGAUCAGGGAUUAGGAACUGGGUGGGGAAACGAUUGUCAAUCUGCAUUGUUCUGUCCUGCCUACUUCUUCAAGCCACCAUCUGCACCGUAUGGCUGGCGACCUCUCCCCCGUUUCCAGAUUCUGACAUGCACUCAGUGACUGAAGAAAUCCUUCUGCAGUGUAAUGAAGGGUCCCUUGCUAUGCUUUAUUGUGUCCUGGGCUUUCUGGGCUUCUUAGCCAUGGUGAGCUUCACGGUGGCUUUCCUGGCCAGGAAAUUACCAGACAUAUUCAAUGAAGCCAAGUUCAUCACCUUCAGCAUGGUGGUCUUUUGUAGCGUCUGGAUCUCCUUUGUUCCAACCUACUUAAGCACCAAGGGGAAAUAUAUGGUGGCCGUGGAGAUUUUCUCCAUCUUGUCCUCCAGUGCUGGUUUGCUAAGUUGCAUCUUUUCUCCAAAAUUAUACAUCAUGAUGCUGAAACCUGAGUUGAAUAAUAAGAAACAGUUACUAAGGAGGAAAGUAGAAGAAGAGUAA